AUGCCUGGCACGGCUUCUCAAAGUCAACCUGCACAGUCCAAGAAGGAAGCCAAUAAGGAGAUUGUAAAAGAUGUUUUCAAGAAUAUAAGCAAGAAUAGGCGUGUUUACGGAUCUGCUAAAACAAGGAGAUGAAAAGGUAAGAGGGGACUCAGAUGGUGUAAGUUGGAAAUCUCACCAGUAACAGCUUCUACCACCCCAGUGCCAAAUAUAAUGGAGAAAACACUCAUUGUAGACAUAUCCACCAACUUCAAAACACCAGCUACCGAAGAGGCAUCGCUCAUCAAUAAGUCAUUAGUUUUAAAAGAGGAAACAACUACUGAGGAGACAAACAUCAAAAAGAUGUCAUUGAAGAAGUGCAGAAAUCAUGAGGACAUGUCUCUAUUAAAGCAGUCACUAUCCUUGCAGGAGCAGACUGACAGUGAUGAUGAAUUUGUUAUAGAGACAGUGACUUUGGGGAAGAAGCAUAAAGUUGAAGAGACUGUCAUCAGUGAGAAGACAUUAUCCUUAAAGAAGAAGACAUGCACACAUCAGGGGAAGAAGUAUUGUUGGGAGGAGUUGUGGACUUCCCAGGACAACAAUGAUGAUGACAAAGUUUUUGAUAUGGAGCCAAUAAGUUUUUGGAAGAAACCUAAAACUGAGAAGUCAUCUCCCACUAAGAAGCAAUUAACCCUAAAGAAGCAGCAGCGUGCCACAAAGGGGAGGAUCUCCAAUGUGAUGAAGCCACUAGUUUUGCAGAAGGUCACCUCUGAAGAGAAGUCACUCUCUAAGGAACCACUGUCCUUUAAGAGAAAGUCUGCUUCUGAGAAGGUGUCCGUUUUUUGGAAGCCAUCUGCACUGCAAGAAAAGCUUGCCACUGAACGAGAGGUGUCCAUCUCGAAGACAUCAUUGACCUUGUGGGAGAAGAUAGACUUGGAAGAAGAGUCCUUCUUCAAGGAGUCAUCAGCUUUUAAGGAGAAGCCUACCACUGAGGAGACUUUUUCAAACAGGAAAUGCAUUACUCAAGGGAAGAUAUCAUAUUUGAAGAAACCAUUAGUACUGCAGAAGGUCACCUCUGGAGAGAAGUCACUCAUCACAAAGCCAUCACCCUUUAGAAAGAUGCCUACCACUGAACAGGAGUCUCUCUCCUGGGAGUCAUCUAUGUUGCAGGAGAAGCACAUGACUCAAGAGACAGUAACCUUGGGGAGGAAAUCACUCACUAAGGAGCCGUUGACUCCCCAAAAGUCUCCCACUAAGGAGGAACCACUUCUUGAGGAAGCUGUGGGUUUUCCAAAGGAACAUACCAUUGAGAAAGCCACCCUUUCCAAAAAUCCUUUGUCUUUAAAGAAGCAGCAGCCCACCACUCAAGGGACAGUGUCCCACAUGAAGAAGCCGCUAGUAUUGCAAAUGGUUACUUCUGAAGAGAAGUCUCUGGUUAAGGAGCCAUUGUCCUUUAAAGAAGAAAAUGUGUCUUUAGAGAAAAAAAAGGGUACUACUUACUCAAUGCCCUUCUGGAAAGAACUGUCAGACUGGCAGGAUAUAAUUGAUAAAGAAAAUAAUUCCAUCUAUGUGAAGCCAGUGUCACUUAGGAAGAAGCCUACAACUGAAGAGACAGUCCUUUCUAAGAUACCAUUGUCUUUAAAAAAGAAGGAAAUCACUUAUGGGAAGGUGUUCCUGGUAAAGAAUCCAUUGGUCUUGCAGAAGACCACAUCUGAAAAGUCAUCACUCUAUAAGAAGCUAUUUCCUUUAAAGAAGAAGCCUACAACUGAAGAGAAAUUCUCCCAGGAACCAUCUUCACUGAAAAAGAAGCAUACCAACCAGCAGGAGGUGUCCCUCUUAAAGCAACCAUCAUUCUUUCAGGAGAUCACCACUGAAGAAAAAUCAGAUAGUAAGGAUCCAGCAACUUUGAAGGAGAAGCUUAUCACUGAGAAGAAAUUCCUCUUUCAGGAGCCACAUUCUUUGCAUUUUAAGCCUACCAAUGAAGAUGAGUCCCUUUUUCAGAAAGCUUUGGUCUUGCAAGAGAAGACUAGUACCAAAGAAGACUCCCCAGAGAAGCUGUUGGCUUUGCAGGAAAAAAGCAUCAGUGAAGAGACGUCCCUUUUCAGUAAGCUCUCCAAUUUGGAGAAAGAGCCCUCCACUGAGGAAGCACCAAGCAUAGAGGGGCAAUUAUCUUUAAUGAAGCUUGAUGCUCAGGGGCAGUUGGCUUUGCAUGAGAACAUUACUAGUGAUGAGAAGUUCGUUAUUAAUCAGCCAAUGAUCUUGCAGGAGUUUCUGAACAUAGAGAAAGAGAUCCUCUUGGAGGAGCCCUUGGUCAUACAGGAGAAUCCCAGCAUUGAGAAGGAGACUGUACUCAAGAAGCCAUUGAUCUUGCAGAGGAAUUCCACCAUUAAGAAGCAGUAUACCAUGGACACAGGAGCUCACUUCAAGGAAGAUUUGGCUUUCCACGAGAAACCCAGCAUCGAGGAGCAACAGAAACCCACAGUUGGUGGGGGAGGCCUCUUCAUGGAACCAUUGGCCUCGCAGGAGAAUCCCAGUGCUGAGAUGGAGGCUACCCUGAAAGAGCUCUGGGCCUUGCAGGAGAAGUUCAACAUUCAGAAGGUGACCAUACCUGAAGAGCCAUUAGUCAUUCAGGAGAAGUCCAAUGUGGAGAAGGAGCCAUUAGCCAUGAAGGAGAAAACUACCACAAAGGAGAUAUUCCUUUUCAAGGAGAUAUUAGACUUGGACGAGAAACCCAUCACUGGGAAGGAGUUCUCCUUUAAAGAUCCUUUGGCUUUGGAGGAAAAUCCUACUCACAAGGAAGACACUUUUUCCAAAACAUUCUUGACCUUUGAUAUUAAGAACGACCCACGUGUAUCCAGCACUACCCUUGAAACCAGUACAGACAAAUCCAGUGCUGCCAACAUGUGCAAUGCACAGUACAGUACCACCAGCCAGUCCAGUGAAUGUGAACCUGAUUCCAAAGGACCUUUUUCAUCUCAGAGUGAGAGCAUAGAAAAGGAGAUGACCAUACCAGAAGAUAUUGACAAGGACCACAGCGAUCCAUGUUUCAAUUCAAUAUAUGCCAAGGAUAUCUUCAGUUACUUGAAAAAUAGAGAGGAAAACUUCAUACUUAAUAAAUACAUGGACAAACAGACUGACAUCAACAGUGAUAUGAGGGCCAUUCUUGUCGACUGGUUGGUGGAGGUACAGAUGACCUUUGAGGUUUGUCAUGAGACCUUGUACUUGGCAGUAAAGCUGGUGGAUCACUACCUGAUGAAGGUAGUAUGCCAGAAAGACAAGCUACAACUCCUUGGUUCAACUGCCUUUCUGAUUGCAGCAAAAUUUGAGGAACCCAGCCCUCCUUGUGUGGAUGACUUCCUGUACAUCUGUGAUGAUAUUUACAAGCGAGAUGAACUGCUUGCCAUGGAAAUCAGUAUCCUGCAAGCCCUCAACUUUGACAUCAACAUUCCCAUUGCCUAUCAUUUUCUGCGUAGAUAUGCUAGGUGUGUCCAUGCCAGCAUGAAGACACUGACCUUGUCUCGCUUCAUCUGUGAGAUGACCCUGCAGGAAUAUGACUAUGUCCAAGAGAGAGCUUCCAAACUAGCAGCUGGCUCCUUCCUCCUGGCCCUCUACAUGAAGAAGCUUGAACACUGUGUUCCUAUCUUGGAGUAUUACAGUGGCUACAAGUCCUCUGAGCUCCACCCCCUGGUUAGGCGGCUGAACUUCAUGCUGACUUUCAGUUCUUACAAUAGGCUCAAGACUGUGUAUUCCAAGUAUUCUCACCAGAUCUUCUUUGAAGUCGCCAAAAUCCCACCCUUGGACACGUCAAAGCUGGAGGAGAUUUUGGGCUCUUAA